UGACUCAGAAAGAACACGAAGGAUAUAUGAUAGAAGAAGCACGAAGAAGAAGAAGCGCUAUUCUCCGCACAAAUUCCACUGCCCCUUUGGCUCUGAUACGAAGGAAGGAACCACCGGUUCCCCUCCUCUCCUUCUCCUCCUCCGCCAUUAUCAUGACCGGCGAGCUUCGAGCUGAGAGAAGCGGAUGAGGCCCCCCUGAGCCGACGGUCCAGUCGGUCAUCAAUGUCGUCGAAGAUCUCCACUUGCUUCCUCAGCCACGGCCUGACCGGGCUGAACCACCGCAGCUCGAAUGUCCGCUUCCUCGCCUCUCCUUCUCAUCGGCUGCUCCCCUCUUCCUGCAGGAUGCGGCACCGCAGUUUCAGUUUACAGAAUAAGAAACAUCAUGUGAAGAAAAUGUCUUCCAGGAGGCCUUCUAUUAUUAUCAAUGGGGAAAUGGAGCCUGAAAAUAUUGCAAGCCAGAAUGUUCCAAUUGGAAGUCAGGAAAUUAUGUCUAAUUCCGAUUCCGAUUUAGAUAGUGGUGACGGCUCCGAUGAAGAUCUCACCAAUCAGACUAUAAUAGAUGUGGAGAACGAGAAUGAUGCUCCUAAUGAAUCGAGAACUCUUUCAGAAGCAGAAAAGACGAAUUUGGUACAGAAUAUUCCUGAGUUGCAGGCCAUAGUAAAUGAUGCUGGACAGCAGCUUUCUGGUCUUCAAAUGGAGGAUUUAGUAGGCAUGAUAAGAAAUGCUGAAAAAAAUAUUGUACUCCUCGACCAGGCAAGGGUACGUGCACUUAAUGAUCUUGGAAGUAUUAUGUCUGAGAAGGAAGCUUUGCAGGGAGAAAUAAAUGUGUUGGAGAUGAAGUUGGUAGAAACUGAUGCACGAAUGAAAGUUGCUGCUCAGGAAAAGUUACAUGUUGAACUUUUGGAAGAUCAACUGGAGAAGUUGAAGGAUGAACUGGUACAGAGAAGCAGAAUUGAUAGAAACGAGUCAGAUGUGUACAAGGAUCACGAUUAUCCGUUGAAUCAGGAAAAUUCCCCAUCACAUCAUAGUAUCGUUCAUCCACAUAUGUAUAAAGAUCACAAGCAUCCACUGAAUCGAGACGAUUCCCAACCGAUGCAGAGUAGUAUUUAUACUCUUAGAGAGGAGCUCAGAUCUCUGAGGACUGAGAAUGAAUCUCUGAAGAAUGACAUACAAGCACUUAGGGAUGACCUUAAUGGUGUUAAGAGUACAGAUGAACGUGUGAUAAUCCUGGAAAAGGAACAGUCAUAUCUUGAAUCUGCUUUGAAGAAUUUGGAGUCGAAACUUUCAGAUUCUAGAGAAGAUGUUUCAAAACUUUCGACAUUGAAAUUUGAAUACAAAGACUUACUCGAAAAGGUAGAAAAUCUGCAAGUUUUGCUAGAUAAAGCAACCAAACAAGCUGAUCAAGCCAUCUUGGAGUUGCAGCAAAACCAGGAACUCCAGAAGAAGGUUGAUAAAUUGGAGGAAUCACUUAAAGAAGCUAACAUCUAUAAGCUAUCAUCAGAAAAGCUGCAGCAGUACAAUGAGCUAAUGCAACAAAAAAUUAAGCUGCUAGAAGAUCGUCUUGAGAGGUCUGAUGAGGAAGUACUUUCUUAUCUUCAAUUAUAUCAAGAAUCAGUUCAAGAAUUUCAAGACACACUUAAUAGUUUGAAAGAGGAAAGCAACAAAAGGGCUUUAAAUGAGCCGGUUGAUGAUCUACCUCGGGAAUUUUGGAGUCAUUUAUUGCUUAGGAUUGAUGGCUGGUUCCUUGAGAAGAAAAUCUCAGCCAAUGAUGCAAAUCUGUUGGGGGAAAUGGUGUGGAAGAGAGAGAGGCGCAUUUGCAAUGCAUACAUGGUAUGCAAGGAAAAGAAUGAGCGCGAUGCUAUCUCUACAUUUGUAGGGCUCAUAUCAAAAGCACCUACGAGUCCAGGAUUGCAUGUCGUUCAUAUUGCUGCAGAGAUGGCACCAGUUGCUAAGGUUGGUGGCUUGGGGGAUGUUGUAACUGGUCUUAGUAAAGCACUCCAGAAGAAGGGACAUCUAGUUGAGAUCAUUCUUCCCAAGUAUGAUUGCAUGCAGUAUGACCGAGUUCGUGAUCUAAGGGCCCUGGAUUUUGAGGUGGAAUCUUAUUUUGAAGGAAGAUUGUUCAAAAACAAAAUCUGGAUUGGAACAAUUGAAGGCCUCCCUGUGUACUUUAUCGAGCCUCUUCAUCCUGAUAAGUUUUUCUGGAGAGGACAAUUUUAUGGGGAGCACGAUGAUUUCAAGCGGUUUUCAUUUUUCAGUCGUGCAGCUCUGGAAUUGCUCCUUCAAGCUGGCAAGAAGCCCGACAUAAUUCACUGCCAUGAUUGGCAGACAGCAUUUGUUGCUCCAUUAUAUUGGGACUUAUAUGCCCCAAAGGGAUUAAACUCUGCUAGGAUAUGUUUUACCUGUCACAACUUUGAGUAUCAAGGGACUGCACCUGCUUCAGAAAUGGCAUCAUGUGGUCUUGACGUGCAGCAGCUAAAUAGGCCAGACAGGAUGCAGGACAAUUCAUCGCAUGAAAGGGUUAACCCUAUUAAGGGUGCUGUGGUAUUUUCCAAUAUAGUCACAACAGUAUCACCCACCUAUGCACAGGAGGUCCGGACUGCUGAGGGUGGGAGAGGUCUACAUACAACCCUUAAUCUUCACUCAAAGAAGUUCAUUGGAAUUCUUAAUGGCAUUGAUACUGAUGCAUGGAACCCUGCCUCUGAUUCUUUCCUUGAAGUCCAGUACAGUGCUACUGAUGUGCUAGGCAAAGCAGAAAAUAAAUCAGCUCUGAGGAGGCAACUUGGGCUUUCACGUGCUAAUCCAAGGCAGCCACUGGUGAGCUGCAUAACAAGGCUGGUGCCGCAGAAAGGUGUACACCUCAUUAGACAUGCUAUGUAUCGAACCAUGGAGCUUGGUGGUCAGUUUAUACUUCUUGGUUCAAGCCCUAUUCUGCAUAUUCAGAGAGAAUUUGAAGGGAUUGUGAGCCAAUUUCAGAAUCAUGAUCAUGUUCGGCUGAUAUUGAAGUAUGAUGAGUCCCUGUCCCACCGCAUCUAUGCAGCAUCUGACAUGUUUAUUAUUCCCUCCAUCUUUGAGCCUUGUGGCCUAACCCAGAUGAUAGCUAUGAGAUAUGGGUCAAUACCUAUAGCAAGAAAAACUGGUGGACUUAAUGACAGUGUGUUCGACGUGGAUGAUGAUACUGUACCUCUCCAGUUUCGGAAUGGAUUCACAUUUCUAAAUGCAGAUGAGCAGGGUCUGAGCAGUGCCUUUGAACGUGCAUUUAACCAUUACAACAAUUCUGCAGAAACUUGGCAGCAGCUUGUUCAGAAGGUCAUGAAUCUCGACUUCAGCUGGGAUUCCUCGGCUUCGCAGUACGAGGAACUCUACUCCAAGUCAGUGGCCCGAGCAAGGGCAGCUCAACGUACUUGAAAAGUUUUUCUGACAAUGAGUUCUGGUUUCACCCCUCAUAUACUAUAACCAAAGGAGUAAAUUUUUCCAAGGAACCUUCUGCGGGGUUUCACAAAGGUUAUAGAUGUUGGACGAUUUGGCACUGAACCGAGUUGUGGCUGGAGUUCUCAAGUUCAUGAUGUACAGGUGGAGUUCUCAUUCUGCUAUUGGGGACACUGUGGCCUGGCUCUUUUCCCCUGCAACCUCGACGAUGCUAUUCGUUUGUUUGCGAUCCCUCCCUUCACAGUCGAUAUUUUAGGUACUUUAUUCUCUCAGUGGUUGGCACUUGUAAAUUGUAAUAGAACGAUGGAAGGAGAUGCUGCUUAUUCAUCAAAAAAGAACUUAAGAGAACCUGUGUAGUUUACUUAAAUAACUCUAUAAAUCAUUCAAUGGUCACUGUAAUUAUUAUUCGAGUUCUAUGUAGACGACUUUUGCAUA